CUGGGAUAAACAGCGGCCACCGCCCCCCCCCCCGCCCUUCUCCCUUCCCAGUUUGCCCGUAGGCGAUGUGCGGCGCCGCAAAGUGAAAGUGCGAAGCUGCCGCUAUCAUCAUCGUCAUCUUCGUCAUCGUCUCCUGCACCACGUCCCUGCUGUCCGGCACCAUGGGCGAGCGCGGAGCUCCCGGGGAUGUGAACUCGAACGUGCUCAUCUCCCGCAGCACCGGAGACGCGCAGCUCGACAGGGCGGUGUGGCAGUGGCUGAGCUGGGACAAGAACCAGAAAACAAAAGAACAGAUUGAAAGCUUGUUACAGAAUGGAAAUCAUAGUGAGUUACGGGAUCGUCUCUGCUGCAGGCUGACCUUUGGGACUGCUGGGCUUCGCUCUGCUAUGGGAGCAGGCUUUUGCUACAUUAAUGAUCUUACAGUGAUCCAGUCAACACAGGGGAUCUACAAGUAUCUCGAGAGGUGUUUUUCAGACUUUAAGCAGAGAGGCUUUGUUGUUGGAUAUGACACACGAGGUCAGGUGACCAGCAACUGCAGCAGUAAGAAGCUUGCAAAGCUCACUGCAGCAGUCCUGCUGGCUAAAGAUGUACCCGUGUACUUCUUUUCCACAUAUGUCCCUACACCGUUUGUGCCGUAUGCUGUUCAGCAGCUUAAAGCUGUGGCUGGUGUGAUGAUCACAGCAUCCCACAACCGGAAGGAGGACAAUGGGUACAAGGUUUAUUGGGAAAAUGGAGCACAGAUCACCUCUCCUCAUGAUAAGGAAAUUAUAAAAUGUAUAGAAGAGUGUGUUGAACCAUGGAAUGGCUCUUGGAAUGAGAAUCUAGUAGAUACCAGUCCCCUUAGACAGGAUCCUCUGAAGCAAAUUUGUGACAGUUACAUGGAGGAUUUGAAAAAGAUCUGCUAUCAUAGGGAGCUGAAUGUGCAAACAAAUUUGAAGUUUGUUCAUACCUCAUUUCAUGGAGUUGGACAUGACUACGUGCAGUUUGCUUUCAAAGCAUUUGGCUUUCAUCCCCCUAUUCCUGUACCUGAACAAAGAGAUCCAGAUCCGGACUUCUCUACUGUCAAAUGCCCAAAUCCUGAGGAAGGAGAAUCUGUGCUGGAGUUGUCAUUGAGGCUUGCAGAGAAAGAAAAUGCUAAAGUAGUAGUGGCCACUGAUCCAGAUGCAGAUAGACUAGCAGUGGCAGAACAGCAGGAGAAUGGUUGCUGGAAGGUGUUCACUGGCAAUGAGCUAGCAGCUUUGUUUGGGUGGUGGAUGUUUUCUUGCUGGAAGGAAAACUGCUCUGAAGAUGCUGAUGUGAAGAAUGUUUACAUGUUAGCGACCACAGUCUCCUCAAAAAUUUUGAGGGCAAUUGCACUUAAAGAGGGAUUUCACUUUGAAGAAACACUCCCUGGUUUUAAAUGGAUUGGAAGCAGAGUAAAAGAUCUCCUAGAUAAUGGAAAAGAAGUUCUCUUUGCUUUUGAAGAGUCUAUUGGUUUCAUGUGUGGCACAUCAGUAUUGGAUAAAGAUGGUGUAAGUGCAGCUGUGGUCAUAGCUGAAAUGGCAACCUACCUGGACAGCAAGAACUUAACAUUAGCACAGAAACUUAUCGAGAUACAUGAAACGUAUGGAUAUCACAUAUCAAAGACUUCUUAUUUCUUGUGCUAUGAUCCUCCGACUAUCAAAAGGAUAUUUGAGAAGCUUCGGAACUUUGAUGGUCCACAGUCUUACCCAAGCUUUUGUGGUAUUUACAAUAUAUUGCAUGUACGAGAUAUUACCACUGGCUACGAUAGCAGCCAGCCGAAUAAGAAAUCGGUGCUGCCAGUGAGUAAAAGCAGUCAGAUGAUCACUUUUACAUUUCAAAAUGGUUGUGUUGCCACCCUUCGGACAAGUGGAACAGAGCCAAAAAUCAAGUACUACGCAGAGAUGUGCGCGCUGCCUGAACAGAGUGACAGAACGGUGCUGGAAGAAGAACUUCAGAAGCUUAUUGAAGCUUUGAUUGAGAAUUUCCUCGAACCUGAUAAGAAUGGGCUGAUCUGGCGCUCUGCUUAGGUCUCCUGUAACUGGUGUUCAAAGAAGUGACCGCCUGCACUGCGUCAUGUGAAACAAAGGAACCAAGUUUAAUACAUGUGUGUGUGUAUGUGUGUUAAACAGCUAUAUUUUUAUUCUAUAAAGAAGGAGCAUUCUUCUGUCAGGCUUUUCACUGAAGUCUAGGCUAGAAAAUUGGGAUAAGGAGAGGAGGUGAAAGAAAAGGAUGGAAUUUAUUAUAAUUUUCUGUCCUUUUGACCAAAACACUAAUUAAUCUGUACCAAUGCAAAUCAAUGCAGCCCUAAUAGGUUUUAAGACAGCUGAUCUUAGCCAGUAGAUCUUGUCUUAAACUAAUUUCAGGUACCCAAAACCAUGUAGUUGUGGUGUUUGAAGGAAGUGAUCAGUCUAAAGUGACAAAAAAGCCUGCUUAUUCAUAGCUGUUGUGCGUGAAUGUGGGUAUCAUUUUUGCAGAUCUUAAUGACAAAAAAAUGUUGAAGUAGAGUUCAGUGGUUAGCACUUCUUGUUUAGGCAAGUUGUUCAGUAGGAUAUUUUUCAACUACUUAAGUAUCCUGUUGUUAAAGGUGCUCUUGGUGCAUUGUACCUUUCCUGUGUGUAUCUUAAAGUAUUUACUUGGCAGUGAAACAAUAGUGGCAACGCAUGCAGUUCCACAUGCAGUCUGGGUUUUGAAUUACAUAGUGCCUUUCCAAGGCUUCCACAGGAGUAGAAACUUGUUCAUUCCUUGGUUAAACUCCCAUUCUAGAUACUAUAGGCUUUGUAAAUGUUCUUUUGUCCCACAUCCCUGAAGGAUCUUAAGCUUUUUUUUU